GGUCCACUCUUGCAUCGUCUUCAGUGCGCGUCGCAUCGCACUUCCUCCAACUCUCCCCGCGACGUUAGUGCGUUACGAAGCGCCGCUCUGGCACUCGGAUAUAUUACACAAGGUGUAAUGCAGAGGCUGGUCGUGGUGGUGGUCGUGGUACUAGCGGCCUCGAGUGUGAAGUCCCUGCCUCGAAAUCCUCCAAAUGAAGCCCAAGAGAAGCUCAACACCACCGUGGCCGUCGCCGAGCCUGACCCCCUCAGUGACUCGAAGGCGUUCAUCGACGCACACGGCUCGGCCAUCGCCUCCUUGCCCGGCUCGCAGGUGUUCCUCUAUGACCCUCUGGACACGAACAACGAUGGGGUGGUCCACCCUCUCGAGUACCUCCAGAGCGUCUUUCCCUUCAUAAAGGUAGUGGACAAAGACGAAGCCCUGGCGACUGACGAUUCCACAGCUAAUCUGAUCCACUACCUCCGGAAGAUAAUCCCAAUCUUCGGCCCAAACAAGGUUCAGGGUACUAACAUUGAAAACCCGGAUGAGGAGGAGCCGGUGACCUUUUGGGAACAGUUACUAAUCUUCCUCCUGAGGGAAACGAACAUCCUCCACGUCGACGGAACGGACACGGAUGGCGACGGCGAGCCGGAGAAUGACAUCAAGAUGUCUUUCACGACCGUCAAGUUCGAUCCCGUCGGCAACCUGAUCGAGUGGCUGCUCAACAUCAUCAGGGACAUCACUCAGUACGAGUCGCUGGAGAAGUGGUGGACCCGCGUGAAGCACGACUAUGAGAAGUACACGCCGUUCGAGGCGGAGGUGGUAGAGGAGAAGCCCGAGGGAGAGGCGCACGAGGGAGACCCCGCCGUGGUCGUCCCCGUCCCCUUCGGCUUCGGCUUCGGCUUCCCCCUGGGCUCGGUCAACGUUGCCAAGUUCGACCCGUUCGUCCUCGGAGCCAACACCGUCCUCUUCGUGCUGUACAAUGCUCUCUUCUUGGCCGCCUACCUCCCGUACUCCGGCGUCGAAAAUAUAUUCUCGGAUUAUGAUUAUUAUGAUUAUGAUGAAGGUGAAGAAGGAGAGGGUGAAGAAGGAGAGGGCGAGGGAGAAGGCGAGGAAGAAGGCGAGGAAGAAGGCGAGGAAGAGGGCGAAGGAGAAGAAGGAGAGGGCGAAGGAGGAGAAGAAGGACAAGAAGAAGGGGGAGGAGAAGGACAAGGAGGAGGUGGAGAAGAAGGACAAGAAGAAGAAGGAGGAGACGGAGGACAAGGUGGCGACUACCCGCAAUACGACCAGUACGGCGACAACCAGUUCGACCAGUAUGACUUCGAUCAGUACGGCGACAAUCAGUUCCCACAGUACGACAACCAGUACGACUCCCAGUUCCCUCAAUACAGUACCAAUUUCGCCGUGUUCGACUACGGGGGCAGGAGAAGAACCUCGCACCAAGGCCCUGGCUACCGUCGGCGACAAGACCGGAGGCCCAUCUUCAGCCCGGCGUCGACACCGAAGAAGGCCAGCAGCUUCGGAAAGGAACUAACCUUCGCCAACACGGAGGGGCACGGGGUCAGCGGCGUGCACGGGAUGUUCACACUCGGGUCGAUCUUCGGCAAGAAAAAGUAAAUAAGGUUUUCACUGAGAAUAAGCAUUAAGGAGGAUUAGAUGUUAUUAUUAUUUUUUUUUAUUUUUUUUUUUUUCUACGACAAAAAAUAAAUGAUGAUUCCACAGAGAAUGAACAUCAAAGACGAAUAGAUAUUAGAUGAAAAUUAUUAGAAUCUGAAGCAUUGAAGGAAAAUUAUUGAAAUUCGAGUUCUACAAAUCAAAAGAUUAAAAUAAAAUCUAAGAUUAUAAAUCGAAAGUGGUUCAACUUAACGACAUUGGGUUAUACUCAGAGUCAUUAAACUAAAAUAAUCAAAAUCCUGAACUAAAAGAAUUUAAAGAUUUAAAUCUAACUCAUCGAACAUAAAAAAUAAAACCUAAGACAUUGAUUAAAACAGAAUUCAACUCCAAAACAGGGUUUAUAAAUGACCUAACAGUGCAAUUAAUCACUGCCUUAGGUUGAGGAGAUGCGUCUCCAGGCAUUACAGUUUUUUUUUUUUUUUUUUUUUUUUUUUUUUUUUUUUUUUUUUUUUUUCAAAGUGUUAUUUUGUUAUCUUAGUAUUACUGUGAUAUGUUAUACGGAAUGACAUGGACCCUGUAGCACCGUGAAAUAAAAUAUAUGAGUUUCCAUUAUAUUCCCCGUUGCGUUCAGAGAGUGAAGUUAUCGUUUUGACCCAAUAUCAUCGGAUGGCAAGACUACUGUGUCAUGCCCACUGUAAUAAAAAAGGUUUAGCUAUUGUCUGUACCAAUAGAUGUUUCUACAAUUGCGUAGUCACCAAGGAGUCAGAUAUUAGUCUUAUCUAUCUCAUCUGUUUACUCUUUUCCUUCAUUUUUUUUAAAGUUUCAUUUUUAUCUUAUUGUCUUCGGUGUUAUUAAUAU